UCAGUAGUGUUUGAAAUUUUCGCUCCGAUAAAAUUUUAACUUCACUUAAAUUUGGAAUUUUCUUCAAAAUUUCUGAGUCAAGAAUGACGCAUAUUCAAAACUGAUGUCGAUUUAAAGAACUUUUCAAAAAAUACUGUGAAGUGUCUGUACCUUACGCCUGUAAAUUUCUAGUGUUUCAAUAUUUGGAGUUCAUUUGCAAAAUUUUUUUGCAAGAUUUGCAUUGGAAAAGUGGAAUUUUAAGAAGUUCUGAAUCUGUGUGUGUGUCAAGAGUUUGUAUGAAGAAUUAAGAAAAUAACAAAUAUGUUUAAACUAAAUCAAGUUAAAAAUUUUGCAAGAAAUUUGCUUUCAGUAAAUAAAAAAUUGGAAAGAAGUCCAACUUUGACUCGCCGUCCAAGACAAGAAAGAGCCUUGACACGUUCCUGGUUAGUGAACAAUGAGAGAGAACGCCAAAUGAAUUUUAGUGGUGUUAAAUAUGCUUCAAGUUUCAGAAACAAUGUACUAGAGAGCCAACAAUUUGGUGAAUCUGUAGCCGACUAUAGCGAUAAUGAAUAUGUACGUGCAAACGAUGAGCCGACUACCUCCGCUACUAUAUUUUGGAAGUUCACAGUUCGCUUAGAUAUCGAUUUACAGCCCAACGAGCGCGUUGGUUUAACGGGUGAAACACCUAACCUUGGAGAGUGGCAAAUGGACCGCGCUGUUUUAUUAUUUAAGCGGGAUAGAUUCACUUGGAGCACUAAUGCAACACUGCCGUGUUGUACAGGUGUACAAUACAGAUAUUUUAUUUACGUUCAAGACGACGAUGGUAAUAAGCAAAUUAGGCGUUGGGAAACACACAGAAAGCCACGCAUGGUUAAGCCAAAGAGAUCAGCUUCAGUGUUGAUAGAUCGUUUUGGUGAGCAGGCAGCUAAUGAAACUGAGGUUAGUCGUGGUUGGUUGACAAACGAAACGAUUGUUCAGUUCAAAUUCGAUCGUGAGGCCAUGUUUCGCAUAAGCGGUGACACUGAUUUUAAUCCAGAAAACAUUUUCAUCAAGGUUGUGCCUUUGAAUAAGAAACUGGAACCAGUAUUUGAUGAUAAUCUGCUUAGUGUUGAAGUUGUGAAAAUGAAGUAUGGCGACAGUGUACUUCAGAUGCAAAACACUCAUGGAAUUAUGUACAAAAGUGGUGACAUCAUUAUUUUUCACAUAACUUUGCAAAAUGUGAUGUGUUAUAGUUUUGCAAUACAGUUUCUUUCAUCGAAUAAGCGUUUACUUGCAAAGGCAUUUAUAUCCCCGGAGCAAUUGAUCGGCAGUGAAGGUGUUUUAUCGCUUACCAUAACGAAACCUGAAUUUAAUUCCAUUGACCGCAUUGGCAAAUUGUAUUUACCAUAUUUGAUUGUGAAACCUUUCACCGAUUUGACGCUUCAUUUUGCUACUACCUUUUCGCAAUCCUGGCCUCAGAGUUGGCCGAAAUUAGACGUUGGUCAUCGUGGUAAUGGAAGAAGUUAUGUUACAGAUCCGCCGCCAGAAAGAGAGAAUACUAUUGCAUCAUUUCUGCGAGCUUAUGAAGAAAAUGCUGACCUGAUAGAGCUUGACGUGCAUCUGACAUCAGAUGGUGUGCCAGUAGUUUAUCAUGAUUUUGGUGUGCGUACAGCACCAGCUGGUGUUACUAUAACCGAUGCCGAACAAUUAAGUUUAGUGUUAAUUAAAGAUAUUUCUUACGAAGAGUUGAAGGAACUUCGUGUGUUUUCUUUGAUUAAAGAUGAACCCGUGGAAUAUCUUUCGCAUAACGCUGAACAACGUCGUACUCACCGUGUUUUUCCAAAAUUAAAUGAAGUGCUGGAAGAGAUGCCAAAGUCUUUGGGUAUUGACGUUGAAAUAAAAUGGCCACAGCAUACUGCAAAUGGAGGAAGACAAGCUAGACAAAGUAUUGAUAAAAAUUUUUUUGUUGAUAAGGUCAUAAAUAUUGUGCUAUCCCAUGGCUGUGACCGUGUUUUAAUAUUUUCGAGUUUUGAUGCUGACCUCUGCACCAUGUUGAGGUUUAAGCAAAACCUUUUUCCAAUAUUAUUUUUAACAAAUGGUGAAACUAGAAAAUGGCCUCUAUAUAUGGAUCUCCGUACACGUACCUUCGAGCAGGCUAUUAAUCACGCUCAAGCUUUUGAAUUGGCUGGUACGGCUCCGCAUGCUGAAGAUUUUCUGGGCUCUGAUGGUAUGGAACUUAUGUCCAAAGCAAAUAACCUCGGUCAGACAACUUUAGUUUGGGGUGAUGAUAUUAACUCAAAGGAACGUGUUAAAUACUUCUAUCAUAUUGGAGCGAAUGCCAUAUGCUAUGAUCGAACUGACCUCUAUCUGCCUGAUGGUAAAAAACAGUCUUUCUUUAAGUCCAUUGUAUUGCAUGAAACCUAUAAACCGAAAUGUGUGAAAUCCAAAUAGAGUGGGAAUAAAAUUUGAAUGCUUGAGUUGUGUGCUUGUAAACUAAUUUUAAAAUUUAAUUAAGAAAAAAAGCUUUUGGAUUAUUAAAUAUUUAAAUUUGAACCGUGAGUUUUAGGAUAUAAUUUAAGGAGCAAGAAAUUUGUAUUUAUAAUUAA